UUUGACGCUACGAGAACGUGCAUAACCACAAGGAAGUGAAACUGCAGUUUUUACUUAAUUUAUAAACACUUUUAUGGAUACAAGAUUGGUUUGAGUUUUAUUGGGAGUGUUUUAGUGACACGAGAUUUUCACAAAAUAUAAGGACACAGCGGUGAGCAAGUCUGAGCUGUAUCGGCAAUAUGUCUGCGCCCUGUAACAGUACACAUUGAGUGAAGGACAUGUGGAAGCGUGUGCAUGUGGUGUCACUGAGAAUCUGCUCGAAAGAUCUACAGAAGACAUGGAGCGCAUGGGGAUACAGGCUCUGUUCAUCGGCUCAUCCUCCAGCAUCAUCUAAUAAACCAUCAACACAGCCCAGGACACAAGCAGAGAAAGCCAAACGUAGACGAGAGAAAGAGAAGACUAUACUGAGUAGUGAUGUUAAUGACGUUGUACCGGUCUGGUCGGAAAAAGAGAAAAUAAGAUAUACAGCUGCCCUAUUACCAGGAGAGAAGAAAGACACCUCCCUGCCCUUCCCACAGUCCUACAGCCCAGAAUAUGUGGAAUUUGGCUGGUAUCAGUGGUGGGAGAAACAGGGAUUCUUCAGCCCUGAGCAGCAUGGUAAACAGCCGCAUGCGACUGAUAAAUAUUUCUCCUUUUGCAUUCCUCCACCAAAUGUGACGGGUAAUUUACAUCUCGGACAUGCUCUGACAGUGGCUAUAGAGGACGCCUUGGCACGCUGGCGUCGAAUGCAGGGCUACAAGGUGCUGUGGGUUCCAGGCUGUGACCACGCUGGGAUUGCAACACAGUCAGUGGUUGAGAGGAAGCUGUUACGAGAGCAUGGAAAGCUGAGACAGGACUACAGCAGAGAGGAGUUCCUCAAAGAAGUCUGGAGAUGGAAAAACGAGAAGGGGGAUGAAAUUUAUCAUCAGCUGAGAAAACUGGGUGCGUCUCUGGACUGGACCAGAGCUUGUUUCACAAUGGACCCGGGUUUCAGCAGUGCUGUGACAGAGGCUUUCGUAAGACUGUGUGACUCUGGUCUCAUCUAUCGCUCUGAAGGUUUGGUCAACUGGAGCUGUGCAUUAGAGUCGGCCAUCUCAGACAUAGAGGUGGAUUCGAAAGAGCUUUCAGGCAAAACAUUUUUGUCUGUUCCUGGCUAUCAGCAGAAGGUGGAAUUUGGGACGAUUGUUACAUUUGCAUAUCUGUUAGAGGGACAGGAAGGAGAGGUUGCAGUGUCAACCACGCGACCGGAGACAAUGUUGGGAGAUGUGGCCAUUGCUGUGCAUCCUAAUGACCCUCGAUAUCAAGAUCUUCAUGGCAAAUACUGUCGGCACCCGUUUACAGAUCGAUUGUUACCCAUUAUCGCUGACACUAUGGUGGAUAUGAAAUUGGGGACAGGUGCUGUUAAAGUGACCCCAGCUCACGACCACACUGACUUCCUGCUAUCCCAAAGACACGCGCUCCCACGCCUCACUGUGAUUGGAGGAGAUGGAACUAUGACGUCACUUUGUGGCCAGUGGCUAGAGGGAGUCAAACGCUUUGACGCCAGAGAGCGAGUGAUCAGUGCACUGAUGGAGAGGAAGUUAUUCAGAAACAAGCAGAGUCACCCCAUGUCAUUACCAAUCUGCAGCCGUUCUGGAGAUGUCAUUGAACCGCUGCUGAAGAGACAAUGGUUUGUACGCUGUCAAGAAAUGGCACAAAAAGCAGUUCAAGCAGUAGAAGAUGGGGAGCUACAGAUCAUUCCUGAGUUUUAUACAAAAAUGUGGAGGAACUGGCUGUCUAACAUCAGUGAUUGGUGCAUUUCUAGACAACUUUGGUGGGGUCAUCAGAUACCAGCCUAUCGAGUGACACUACAAAACUCUGUUGACCCAGAAGAGGAGCUGUGGGUUUGGGGCCGAACUGCUGCAGAGGCUCGGGAACGUGCUGCUGUGAAGUUCGGAGUGAAUCCGGAUCACAUCACGCUCACACAGGACCCAGAUGUGCUUGAUACCUGGUUUUCUUCGGCUCUUUUUCCAUUCGCCAUGCUCGGCUGGCCCCAGCAGAAAGAAGACCUGAAACAAUUCUACCCCAACUCCAUUCUGGAAACAGGAAGUGACCUCAUCUUUUUCUGGGUGGCCAGGAUGGUGAUGCUGGGCAAGGAGUUGACUGGCCAGCUGCCCUUUAGACAGGUGCUCUUUCACUCUUUGGUGAGAGAUAAAUAUGGGCGGAAGAUGAGUAAAUCUUUAGGAAAUGUCAUUGAUCCACUGGAUGUUAUUUCAGGCGUCUCUCUGGAGAGACUUCAAAAGAAAAUCAAAGAAGGAAACUUAGAUCCGAGAGAGAGCAUGGUUGCCAUGGAAGCGCAGGAGAAAGAUUUCCCUAAAGGUAUUCCAGAGUGUGGGACGGACGCUUUGAGGUUUGCUCUCUGCUCUUACAAAGCCCAGGGAGACGACAUCAGCCUGUCCGUGUCCCACGUGUUGAGCUGUAGACACUUCUGUAAUAAGAUGUGGCAGGCGGUACGCUUCACCCUUGCUGUGUUGCAAGAGGCGAGUUCACCUGCAUCAUUAGCAGAGACACAUCCGGUCUCCAGCAUGGACAGGUGGAUAUGUUCAAGACUGUACAGCACAGUUCGGCAGUGUGAAGAGGCUUUUGAGAGCUACCAGCUUCACACCAUUACCUCUGCACUGCAUUCCUUCUGGGUCCACAGUCUCUGUGAUGUCUACCUGGAGAGCAUCAAGCCCGUGCUAAAACAAGAACCCUCGGACAGCAAUGAGCAGAAGGAGAGAGAGAGACAGGUGGCCAUGUCUGUGUUGUAUCACAGUGUGUCUAUUUCUCUGUGUCUCCUCUCGCCCUUCAUGCCUUUCCUCACAGAGGAGCUGUGGCAGAGACUCUUGCCUUACAGCGCCGACUCCAUCAAAAACCCCACCAGCCUGUGCGUGCAGCCCUAUCCAAAGUCCUCACAGUUGGAGCACUGGUAUUUUCCUGAGGAGGAAGCAGAUUUCUCUUUGGCUCAGGAAGUGGUCAGAGUGGCGAGGUUACUGAGGGCCCAGUGCCAGAUGACGAAAGAAAAACCUGACUUGUGGGCAGUGUGUGCACCUGAUCAAGCUCAGACCCUUCUGCACUUCAGAUCUGCUAUCUGCACCCUGGGUCGCAUCUCAAAGCUGCGUCUGCACUGUCCAGAUGGAGGUUUCACGGACUCACCUCCACCCAAGGGCAGUGUAGGGGUGGUGGAUCAUUCCAUUCGCUUGUAUCUCAGUGUUCAGACUGGUAUUAAUGCUGACAAACAGCGAGCAGUCCUCUGUCAGCGCAGAGAAAAGCUGGCCAACAAACUCAAGCAAGCCAUCUCUCGCACACUUAUGCCCAACUACACAGAGAAAGUUCCUGAUCAUGUCAGGCAAGAGAUGGAAAAUAAGAUUGCAGCCAUGGAGGAGGAUCUGAAGAACAUUGAGGAUCAACUUUUGGAUUUGGAACACAUGAAGAAACAAGACUGAUCAUAGACACAUGGGAAGCAAAAACUAAAAGCAACCCACUUACCAAUAGGGACGUUUUGGUGUCUUGUAUAGCAAUAAAUGGUGGGUGUAUCUUCACAGAAUGUUUGUAUUGAUGUAACAUGAAUGUUAAAUAAAUUAUUUAACACAUUGUUUUCAUUAAACUAUAUUUGUCUAAUUUAUAUCAAAUUAUGUAAAGUCCAAAUGAUCUCCCUGAAAAUAAAUUCAUUGAGAAAACAACACCCCAGUUUAAACGCCACAUUAAGCACUUUUCCACCAUCGCGCCAAAUUGAUCUUGUUGCUGAAUCUUUCCACUUCUUGCCGAUCCUUGCCAGCCGGUACGUAAAUGGUUUAAUUUUCCUCCAGGGCUGAUAACGGAAAUCUUUAAAAUAUAAACACAAACGCGUCACACGCUGCCUUGGUAACUCAAGAGACUGAGCUAUAACGUCUCUGCACACGUUCCCAGCCAAGAGCAGUUUGUAAUCGUGACGUAUCAAACAAGGGCCAAGUGGAAACUAACUGUUUCAGACCGUGCUUAGAACUAGUAGCGAUGUUAAUCGCCACCCAAAUGCGUAGGGCCCCACUAGCUUGGGGGGGCCCUAGUGGCCACAAGCGGUUAAAUUAUUUGAUGGUUUGAUGCGCUGCAACGAAUAAGUCAAACGCAGUGCAUAACAGACAGAUCUGUCUCGGUCGAAAAACCAAUCAAAACUUCUGAUUCAGCUAGGAGGUGGAUUAGCCGCACUGUUACCCUCGGCCAGUUAAUUUACCGGAACAACAUUCUUUAUGUGGAGUCCUUCCAAUAAAGUCGUGGUGGAGAUAAGAUUUGGCUGAAAUAGAGUAAAGUGACACAGCGGAGUGUCAAAAUGUGAUUUUAAAGAUGUCUUAAAAAUGAUUGCCCUCUGAUAUUGUGAAUUAUAUUUUUCUGUUAUUAGAGGUGUCUGCUAAAACUGUAUGAUAAUUAGACCCUGGCUCCAUAUAGCGUUAAAAUAAAACUUUUAUAGACAAAUGGCAUACAAAAAGCUGAUUUUGAGACCAGUGGCUUGAAGAGGUUGCUGGUAGGGUUUGUCAACUUGGUAACAUUUGCCUGUUUUUUAAAGCAGUAGCUUGUAGAUUUGUGUUUUGCUUUAAAUUACAUUAAUAGGACUAAUGCAAUUGUUUAAUUGCCUAGUCUAAGUCUGUAUGUAGUUAGGGUGCAUUCAUAUUUCUAGUUUGGUUCUUUUGGUCCGGACCACAAAAGGAAAAAAGUAGUCCUGGUACACUUAGUGUUCAGACUUUCAUUUUAACAGCAAACCAACAGAUAUCGAACCUAACAACAAAUACAGUUAAAGACCUAGGCGUUAUAUUAGACGGCAACCUGUCAUUUAAAAAUCACAUCUCAAAUAUCACAAAAACAGCCUUCUUCCACCUUAGAAAUGUUGCCAAAUUACGAAAUAGUUUAUGUGUUGCAGACGCAGAAAAGCUUAUUCAUGCAUUUGUGACCUCACGGCUUGACUAUUGUAAUGCUCUACUUAGUGGUUGUCCUGUAUCAUCGAUAAACAAACUACAGUUAGUUCAGAAUGCAGCUGCCAGAGUUCUUACUAGGUCAAGAAAAUACGAUCACAUAACCCCAGUUUUAUCAUCGCUUCACUGGCUACCCAUUAAGUAUCGCAUUGAUUUUAAAAUUAUUUUAAUUACUUACAAAGCCCUGAACGGUUUAGCACCUACUUACUUAACCGAGCUUUUAUCACGUUACAACCCAUCACGCUCGCUGAGAUCUCAAAACUUAGGACUUUUGACAAUACCUAGAAUAACAAAAUCCACCAAAGGUGGACGAGCUUUCUCAUACGUAGCACCUAAACUCUGGAAUAGCCUUCCUGAUACUAUUCGAGGGUCAGACACACUCUCCCAAUUUAAAUCUAGAUUAAAGACACAUCUUUUCAGCCAAGCUUUCACUUAAUGCAUAGUUAAUGAACAGCAGCUACGCUAAUUAUUCUCUUUAUUCUCUUUCCGCCUCUGCCUCGGGAUGCCCAUCCCGAGGUAGGAAGAAGUUCCACCAUGUCCAGACGACCGACAGAUGCCCAUCCCGAGGUAGGAAGAAGUUCCACCAUGUCCAGACGACCGACAGAUGCCCAUCCCCAAUUUGAGAUUACACCAGAUACAGCUGCAGACUGACUGACCAUCCCAGCUCCAUCUAAGGCAAUUCCACCAGCUGCCAAGAGAAAUAUGACCAUCGGACCAUCCCAGCUCAGACCACUACAUCCCCAACCAAGAGCAAAGACGGACUAUUUGUCUUAUUAAUGCUGAAGUUACAAUAUUUGGUAUUAAAUGCUAAACUAAAAGCACAUGUCACCAGUCUGAGUGCAGCUAUGACACGUCAGAGGGGAUCUGGCCCUCCCGGUUGAGCCUGGUUUCUCCCGAGGUUUUUUUCUCCAUUAAUCAAUCAUUGGAGUUUGGGUUCCUCGCCACAGCAGGGCAGUGUUGGCCUGCUCACCGGGAGACUGCAUUCAUUCAUUUAUUUAUUUAGAAAUUAGAUGUUAUUUAUUAGAAUGAACUUACUCGUUGUAUAAAUACCAUGCACUGUGCUGUGUUUUAACUUUUCUGCUUUUCCUGUUUGCCCCUGUAAAGCUGCUUUGAAACAAUACACAUUGUGAAAAGCGCUAUAUAAAUAAACUUGAAUUGAAUUGAACAGCUUGUAAAAUCACAACCUGAUUGAACAGCUUUUAUUAAUUGUGUUUUAAAACGGAACUCUCCAGACAUCCAAAACAAUGCUGUGUGCACAGUGGUACAUGGGUUAUACAUGCUCAGUGUAUGCCUGUGCAUAUAAGGGUAUUUUUGAGCAAGCGGGUAACUCGCGAAAACCUCAUGAAGUGUUAAAGGCACAGAUCUAAUAAACACACCUUUUAUAUAACCAAA